GCAGCGCAGACACAAAGGCACACUGAAGGUGCGUUAUAGUGCAUGUGGAGGUGAACCGGACCGGACCGGACCCAGCUCUAGUAUGAGUCCGACAGUUCGGCUCUGAUCUGCGGCUUAGUUCGCUGCCGGUUUUCCCGCGGAGGAAUCCACACCGAAGUCCACGAUGGAGCGGCGCGUCCCGGCGGCGUGGCGCGCGCUCUUGACGCUGGUCCUGCUCGGACGCGCGGCCGCCGCCGUGGAGCUCCGGUGCCAGGAGAUCACCGUGCCGCUGUGCAAAGGCGUCGGUUACAACCGGACCUACAUGCCCAACCGGUUCAAGCACGACACGCAGGACGAGGCGGGGCUGGAGGUGCACCAGUUCUGGCCGCUGGUGGAGAUCCGGUGCUCCCCGGACCUGCGCUUCUUCCUCUGCGCCAUGUACACGCCGAUCUGCCUGGACGACUACCGGAAGCCGCUGCCGCCGUGCCGGGCCGUGUGUGAGCGGGCCCGGGCCGGCUGCGCGCCCCUCAUGCGCCAGUACGGCUUCCCCUGGCCCGACCGGAUGAGGUGCGAGCUGCUCCCGGAGCAGGGCGACCGGGACACGCUGUGCAUGGACUACAACCGGAGCCACACCACCACCGCGGCCCCGGCGGUGCCCAAGCCGACCGCCGACCGGCCCCUGAAGCCCUACAACCCGCGGAAGAAGAGCCACGGGGUCCGCGGCGGAGGCGGAGGGGGGGUCCCGGGUAAGCAUAAGCCCCCGGGUCACGCGUCCGUGUGUGAGCCCGGGUGCUUCUGCCGCGCGCCCAUGGUCCCGGUGACAGGCGACGGACACCCGCUGUACAACCGGGUCCAGACGGGCCAGAUCGUGAACUGCGCCGUGCCGUGCCACAGCCCGUACCUGAGCCCGGAGGAGCGCUCCUUCACCGGCCUGUGGAUCGGUCUGUGGUCGGUGCUGUGCUUCGUGUCCACCUCCGUUACCGUGGCCACCUUCCUCAUCGACAUGGACCGGUUCCAGUACCCGGAGCGGCCCAUCAUCUUCCUGUCCGCCUGCUACAUGUUCGUGUCCGUGGGAUACAUCGUCCGACUGAUCGCGGGACACGAGCAGGUGGCGUGUACCCGUGCGUACGGCGCGGCGCACGUGCACUACUCCAGCCCGGUACCGGGUCUGUGCACCCUGGUCUUCGUGCUGCUCUACUUCUUCGGCAUGGCCUCCUCCCUCUGGUGGGUCAUCCUCAGCCUCACGUGGUUCCUGGCCGCCGCCAUGAAGUGGGGCAACGAGGCCAUCGCCGGUUACGCGCGGUACUUCCACCUGGCCGCGUGGGUCAUCCCGUGCGUCAAGUCCGUGGCGGUUCUGGCUCUGAGUUCCGUGGACGGGGACUCGGUGGCGGGGAUCUGCUACGUGGGGAACCAGAACCUGCAGACCCUGCGGGGGUUCGUGCUGGCGCCGCUGCUCCUCUACCUGCUGGUCGGUACCGGGUUCCUGUUGGCCGGGUUUGUGUCGCUGUUCCGGAUCCGACGCGUCAUCAAACAGGGCGGAACCAAAACCGACAAACUGGAGCGGCUCAUGGUCCGGAUCGGAGUGUUCACGGUUCUGUACACGGUACCGGCCACCGUCAUAGUGGCCUGUUACUUCUAUGAGCAGCACCACCGGCUGACGUGGGAGGUGACGCACAACUGCACGUGCCGGACCGACCCGAACCGGGCCGGACCGGACUACGCCGUGUUCAUGCUCAGGUACUUCAUGUGCCUCCUGGUCGGGAUCACGUCCGGGGCCUGGAUCUGGUCCGGGAAGACCUUCGAGUCCUGGAGGACUUUCUGCACGCGCUGCUGCUGGGGGGCCAAAGCCUCUGCUGGGGGGUCCAUGUACAGUGACGUCAGCACCGGACUGACCUGGAGGUCCGGAACUGCCAGCUCCGUGUCCUGUCCCAAACAGAUGCCCCUGUCCCGUGUCUGACGCGCGGGUCCGGUUCGGUGCCUUUCUGGGCCCAGAGCACUCGGACUCGGACCUGGUCCAAGGAGUCUGACCCGGACCCGGUCCAAGGAGUCUCCGGUUUAGAGUCCGUUUAAGUCCAGUCUGGAUCAAAGUUCUGCUGCGCGUGGAUGUGGAGCAACGGCCCAGUGGGUCCGGGUCCGAAAAAAAAAAAAAA